AUGGAUAAGGCCCCACUCAGUUAUAGAUAUCAAUCCAAGACAUCUACACCAGUUGAAGUCUGGCAGGACGAGCAGAAAUCGUUAUCAGACUCUCCUCAGGAAGAGCCCCGCGACAAACUACAUCGCUGGGAAGAUAUUCCGGCAUGGCAACGGCAAGCAUCCUCGAAUAUAGACAACGAGCAUAUCAUCUCUGGAUAUCGUCCGCCUUCCUACUCAUGGCGGAUAUCACUGCUGAGCAUCUUUUCUCUUCAUAAUGAAAGCAGUCAGUUCUCCAUCCUCACUCAAGCCAAAACCAAAAAGAGAUCUUUGACAUCCGCAACAGUCAACAUCCACUCCCACCUCCUAGGCUCCCUUCUCUUCGCCUUUCUUCCUCUCUAUACCUUCCACAAACUCGAUCCCUGGCAUACCGCCCACGCCGAUAUAAUCGACAUGAUAGUUUUCGCCGUCUUCUUCUACGGCGUAGCAGCUUGUUUCCUCCUCUCUUCAUCAUUCCACGUUGUGUCCAGCCAUAGUCCCAAAAUCGCCGCCAUUGGCAACCAACUCGAUUACUUGGGCGUGGUUAUCCUCAUGUGGGGAGCAACCAUCCCAACUAUUUACUAUGGAUUCUAUAAAGAUACACGACUUCAGAUUGUGUAUUGUUCCUUAGUUUCACUCCUCGGUGGACUUUGUUCAAUUGCCACCUGCCAUCCGAUUUUCCGGACUCCGUCUUUUCGUCCAUAUCGAGCUGCUAUGUAUGCGAUGCUUGGUCUUUCGUCUUUGGUCUCGGUCGGUCAUGGUAUCAUGUUACAUGGCUGGCACGAGCAGAAACAACGAAUGAGUCUUGAUUGGAUGGCGUUGAUGGGUCUGCUUAAUUUGACGGGGGCGGUUAUCUAUGCUGCGAGGAUUCCUGAGCGGCUUGCUCCUGGAAGAUUCGAUAUUGUUGGGUCAAGUCACCAGAUCCUGCAUUUCAUGGUCAUCUUCGCUGGUUUGGCGCACACGGUUGGCUUGUUUCGGGCGUUUGACUAUACUCAUAGAAAGAUUGACGCGUAG